AUGUUUUGUCCUUAAACCACUGCGCAACUAAUUCAGAGGUCCUCGUGAUUCCUUGAGAAGUUGAUUCAAUAGUUCACAUUUUUGUUGUUGCUUUUCGAUGAUGACUUCUUCGUCUCUGAGCGACCUUUCAGUUAACACCAAACUCAUAUUUCUGUGGAUAAUCACUCUCUCUUACCAGCAUCAACCAGCACCAUCAUUGGGCCUUUUCCUUUUCUUCUGGGGUUGACAUUCCACACCAAACUACAUCCAUUCCCAGGGACACAGAAUUGGGUCAGUUGAGAGAUUUAGAUCUUACUUUUUUUUUUUUUAUUGAGACUUGUAGAAAAUAUUCAACUAAAAAUGCAGUAUUGCACUUCCCAAAAUGUGUGAUAUAAAUUUAUAUUGUGAUUAAAUUUUAUAGGUCCAAAAAGACUUGUUUCAUUUAGAGCUUAAUUGGUAAAAUGAUUAUGGAAUGAUUUAAACAUGUUCUUAGAUUUAGCUCCCAGAAUAUAUGCUUUUUUGCAUUCUCUUUUUAGCUCGAUAUUUUUAAAAUAUUCAGUCAAAAUAUGCACUUUUAUCUGGAAUCGUAGCCAUUGGCAGAAAAUCAUAUUUUAAGUGAAAAUUCAAGAAUUCAAACAUGUAUCGGGCUCCCAAUCCUUACCUCCAUCUUUCCUCUUUAAUGAAAAGAGGUGAUCUAAUUACCAUUAGUUGCCCCACCUCCUCUAAAUUUGCCCACCCAGAUUUCCUGGAAGAAAGAGUGCAAAUCCUCCUGACGUUGCAAGUCAGAUUACGAGAUGCCAGAGGGGUAGACCAAACAAGAUCAAACCAAAACCUUCUCCACUUCACAUCGGGACAUGGCUCAACCCCUGGUCGCCUGCUCUCCUGUUGGCCUUUACAUUCUCCAGGUGCCAUCCAGUCUUGGAGUGCUUAUAGGAGCAAUGAAGAUUUUUAUGAAGACCUCAUCACUUUGGACAGGUUCUGAGAGCAUAUCUUUUUCUUGCAGCACAUCUCUUCAGUUGCAAAGAUCACCUGAAAGUUUUCUGAAAAAGGCACAAUGCCACAGUUGACUCUUGAUCCACUUUUCGUCCCUACCUUUGCAAGUCAAGUGUGACGCACGGUUAGCCCGACCCGCUCUAAUUCCCUAACGAGAUUGCCCAUCCCCGGAUAUCUCAUACAACCCCGAUUAACCAGGCUCAGCUCAUUAGCUCUGCCAAACCAAUUCGCCCCUUGUCAACCUCUGCUCCUAACUAACUGUAAAAUCAACCCCCGUAGUCAUGAAAAACAUGGCCUACAACAAAAAAACACAAGUGACUGCACAGACUUGAUGGUUAAAACACCUAAGAGGUAAUUCAAUGGUGCCCAUUUGUCCAUUUCUAUUGUUUUCUCCAAAGGUUAAUCAUUAAUUCAAAGGAAGUUUGAAUUAUUGUUAUCUAUUCAGAAUCACCUGUGUGUUUGGAAAGAAAAAGAAAUUACUUUAUUUUUUGCAAAUCUCGAAUCUCAGGUUUUCAUCUACGUUUUUCACUUAACUUCCUGCCUUCCUUUGGUUCCUCACCUGUUUUGUCAUUUGACCUCGUAACCUCUUUUUUUUUCUUCCAAUCAGUUUACCUGUUGCACUCUGCCACGUUCCCUCCCCCUGUUUCUCUCAGUCUCGCUCCUUCCCUCUCUGUUUCCAUCUUUGUGCUUUAUCCCUUCAUCCCUUUAUCCCUUAUCUCCUUCAUCCCCUCCAAUCCUCAUCUGUUCUUCACAGUGGAGGAAGGGCAGGAGAAAGAGAGAGUUUUUUUGCAGGUGAAGCUAGAUCGGCAGUCUACAUUGGGUAGAGCAUCAGAGGAGCCGGCGAACCUGGGACUGUGGAAUCUAAACUCAUAGGGACCACAGAGCCGGACUAGAACCAGCAGCUGCCCGGUUGCAGGAGACAAGGUCCUAACUGUGAGUGGAAAAGAGUGAUUGUGUCAUCUUCCAUCAGUAACAUCCUCCAGCGACUGUCAUCAUGGCAGCUGAGAAAGCUGAAAUGGAUGCACUGAAAAAGGAGUGUGAUGGCCUCCGUGCUCAGAUUGAGGCGGCGCGUAAGGCCGCGAACGACACCACCAUGACAGCAGCAGCUAAUGGCGUGGCCUCUGUGGGCCGGGUCCAGCUGAAGCUCCGAAAGACACUCAAAGGCCACCUGGCAAAGAUCUAUGCCAUGCACUGGUCAGAAGAUUCAAGGCAAAUGGUCAGUGCAUCACAGGAUGGCAAGCUUCUAAUCUGGGACACGUUCACUGGAAACAAGUUGGUUGCUGUCCCCCUGAAGUCUGCUUGGGUGAUGAGUGUCGCUUUCGCUCCUUCUGGUAACCUGGUGGCCAGCGGUGGUCUGGAUAACAUCUGCACAGUCUAUAACAUUAAGGCUGCCAGCCCCAAGACCCUCAGGGAGCUGGAUGCACACACAGGUUACUUGUCUUGCUGCCGUUUCCUUAGUGAUUCUGAGAUCCUGACAGCUUCUGGUGACACCACCUGCUGCCUGUGGGACCUGGAGACGGGCAAGCAGAAAACGGUCUUCACCAACCACAUCGGAGACUGCAUGUCGCUGGCCCUGUCUCCGGACAUGAACAUGUUCAUCUCAGGAGCCUGCGACUCUCUGGCCAAGCUGUGGGACCUGAGGGAAGGAGCCUGCAAGCAGACCUUCUCUGGACACACCAGUGACAUCAACGCCAUUGCUUACUUCCCCAGUGGAAAUGCCAUCAUCACAGGCUCUGAUGACUGCUCCUGCAAGAUGUAUGACCUGCGCUCCGACCAGGAGGUGUUGGACUACACGGACACCAGCCUGAACGCUGGCGUCACAUCUCUGGCCCUCUCCAACUCUGGCCGCCUUAUCUUUGCAGGUUAUGACGACUUCAACUGCCACAUCUGGGACUCACUGAAGGGCGAGAAAGUCGGUGUGCUCUCUGGCCAUGACAAUAGGGUGAGCUGCACCGGCGUCCCGGUUGAUGGAAUGGGUGUAUGCACAGGAUCCUGGGACAGCUUCCUCAAACUGUGGAACUGAGGCAUUUCAGUGGGAGGAAAACAUCUCUGGAAGAAAAGAGGAGGAGCAGAAAUGAGGAGGAAAGAAUGAAGGAAAGAGGAGACACUGUAAAAAAACAAGGAGGAUGCAUGAAUAAAAAAAGGCCUCCUCUUCCUAUCUUCCUCUCUUCUUCCUUAAUAAUGUAUGCAAAAUAUGAGUGGUUGUGAAUGAGCCUCAUUGUGUAAAUGGCACCAGGGAAACAAUGCGCGAUGCAUUCUGCUGAAUGUGCAGAAGAACUUCAGCGUUGUCAUUUUAAAUAACGAAACACGUUUUUAAAAAUAGCACAAUUAAUCUAAAUGUUGCCAGAGCAGGAAAAAAAAAAGCUCUGGAUCAGAAACACAUAGAGGUUUUUGUCAAUAAAAGGAGAUCAAAGGCAUAAGCACUGAAGACAAAGUUAUAGAAUAACUUUUUUUUUUCGAGAACAUUAAUCUGUAAAAGAGCCCUGAACUUCCAUAGAUCAGGUAUAAAUUAAUGCAACAGUUAGACUUAAGUUGAUGUACAGUGUAUUUUUUUCUUUACUUGUUUUGUCAGACUAUACACACACCAAGUGUAAAUAUAUUGCAAAAAGUCAUCAUUGCUCGCCUCCUAAGAACAGACAGAGUUUAACACAGGGUGGAUGUGAAGAACCCCCAAAAAAGAAAGUUUCAGUCUGGGAGCAGGCUGGUAGACUGGGCUGCAGGGCGGCUGUCUAAUCAGAAAAACAUUCUGUAAAACCAUAUAAACUGAAUUUCAUCCCCCUCAGCCCAGCUGCAUUCUGUAGUUAUUGUGCAAGUGUUCAACUCUAAUGUACAAAAGGCAAAAAUGUUUCCUGAAAAUCUUUCUAAUAAAUAGUUCUGCAUUAACGUUA